AAUCACAUUCGAGAGAGACGUGUAGCGCAGCAAGAGCAUCUUCCAACAUGGCGUCUGUAUCCUCGGGAUUCCCUUUCAACCUGCCGGUUGCAUCUCUGUUGCUGAUCCUGCUGCUAUGCCUGCAUUCGGGGGGAGGCCAGAAGAAGAAAGAGAACAUGUUGGUGGAGAAGGUGGAUCAGAUGAUGGAGUGGAGCUCCAGGCGUUCCGUGAUCCGGAUGAACGGCGAUAAGUUCCGGAGGUUCGUCAAGGCCCCGCCCCGGAACUACUCGGUCAUCGUGAUGUUCACUGCGCUGCAGCCACAGAGGCAGUGCUCCGUCUGCAGACAAGCUAACGAGGAGUACCAGGUGCUGGCUAACUCCUGGCGCUACUCUUCAGCUUUCUGUAACAAACUCUUCUUCACCGUGGUGGACUAUGAUGAGGGGGCGGACGUCUUUCAGCAGAUCCGUGUAUUCCGCCCCCCUAACUAUUCUGGCACCAUAGCCUUGGCCCUGCUGGUGUCCCUGGUAGGAGGACUGCUCUACCUCCGCAGGAACAACCUGGAAUUCAUCUACAACAAGACUGGCUGGGCCAUGGCCGCGCUGUGUGUGGUGUUUGCCAUGACAUCAGGCCAGAUGUGGAACCACAUCCGCGGCCCACCUUACGCACACAAGAACCCCCAGAACGGCCAAGUGAGUUAUAUCCAUGGGAGCAGCCAGGCCCAAUUUGUAGCUGAGUCCCACAUCAUCCUGCUGCUCAAUGCCGCCAUCACCAUGGGGAUGGUCCUGCUCAACGAGGCGGCGACGUCCAAAGGAGAUGUGGGCAAGAGGAGAAUUAUCUGCCUGGUGGGACUGGGCCUGGUGGUGUUCUUCUUCAGCUUCCUGCUGUCCAUCUUCAGGUCCAAGUACCACGGCUACCCCUACAGCUUCCUUAUAAAGUGAGUCUGAGGCGCCGUCUUCAGAGUGAAGGGUGAAGAGGCUACUUGAUGCUGCUAGCUGAGAGGCUGCAGACACCGGGACAGGGUGCAUGGGGCGGGGGGGUCAUUUCAACUGCUGUACUCAAUCUGCUUAAUAAAUGAUAAUGUGGUGACAAACUGA